AUGGCUUCUUCAUUCACCGCAAAUCCCGAUAUGAACUUGAACCCAUUGCGCAAAAAGCGAAGGAAAAUCGGGAGGGAAACCCAGUCCCAAAUGAAUACAACAGAGACGACGGGUCGUGCUCGCGCUAGAUGGGAAACCGAGACAGAGCAACAGAUCUACUCGUCGAAGCUCUUCGACGCUCUCCGACAUAUCCGCCGUUCAGACUCCUCGUCUCCCUCCGCCUCUGGUCGCGCCGUGCGUGAGGUUUCCAACAGAGUCCUCGCUGUUUCAGCCAAGCGAAGGACUCGCUGGAGCCGGGCGAUCCUUUCGGGUCAACUCAGCCUCCGAAUCUCUCAGAUCAAUAAGAAACACAAGAAGGCAUCUAAACUGACAACCUGUGGUUCCAGGUCGAAGAAACUGGCUGUUAAGAAGAAACUGCCGCCUGUGCAGAGUAAACUGCGGGUUUUGGGAAGGUUAGUUCCUGGUUGCCGGAAGCUUGCAUUGCCUAACCUUCUAGAAGAAACGACUGAUUACAUUGCAGCUCUACAAAUGCAAGUCAAUGCCAUGACUUUCCUCACUGGCCUCCUUACCUGCGGCGGCUCAUUAACCGCUUCUUCUGAUCGGCUUGGCUCGGAUCAGUAG